AUGGAGUACGACCUCAUCAUCGUCAAUGGAAUUGUGGUUUCCGAAAUCGAAGUUCAAGAGUGGGAUAUUGCUAUCAAAGAUGAAAAGAUAUCGAAAGUGGUUCCAAGGGGAGGCCUGAAAGAUGCAAAAGCGACGAGGACGAUAGAUGCUGAAGGCGGCUUUGUUAUGCCAGGAGGUGUAGACGCUCAUGUUCAUCUACAGGAACCUCCGUUGUUUGGCAAUGGCUCAACGGCAGACAACUACGAGACGGGUAGUCGAUCAGCAGUAUGCGGUGGUACCACCACAAUGGUAACGUUUGCGCCACAAAAGAAGACUGAGGAUACUCUUCUUGAUACCCUGGCGGCUACCCAUGAACGAGCAAAGAAUAACUGCUACAUUGAUUAUUCCUUCCAUAUCAUCGUGGGAAACCCCUCAGAAAGGGCACUGUCGGAGUUCAAGACUCUUCGUGAAGAAGGCAUUUCUUCACUCAAGAUCUACAUGACCUACGAGGCGCUGCAGCUGCACGAUGGUCAGAUCCUAGACAUCCUACUCGAGGCGCGAAAACAAGGAAUUACAACAAUGAUCCACGCCGAAAACGGUCAAGUAAUCGACUGGAUGACUGCCCAACUGGAGAAGAAGAAGCUAUUCGCACCGAAAUACCACGGAUCCUCCCACCCUCCUAUGGCGGAAACAGAAGCCACCUACCGUGCCAUCAGCUUGUCAGAAUUCAUGGACACACCCAUCCUCAUCGUCCACGUCUCCACGCCCGCAGCAGCCGCCCACAUCAAAGCAGCACAAGACCGCGGCCUGCCCAUCUACGCGGAAACCUGCCCACAAUACCUCUUCCUCACGAAGCAAGACCUCGACCAACCCGGUUUCGAAGGCGCAAAGUGCGUCUGCUCGCCGCCACCACGAGAGAGCGAGGCAGACUGCGAUGUAAUCUGGGAAGGACUUGCAAACGGCACCUUUACGAUCCUUUCUUCGGACCACUGUCCCUUCCGCUACGAUGAUGCUCAAACGGGCAAGAAAUCCAGCAUCAGCGCUGAACACCCGCUCGGCCACUUCAAGUACAUACCCAACGGCUGUCCAGGCAUCGAAACAAGACUCUCCCUUGCCCUCAGCGCGAACCGCCUCAAACUUACCAAAUUCGUCGAGGUCACUUCUGCCAAUCCUGCCAAGCUGUACGGCUUGUACCCGAAGAAAGGCGCGUUGGUGGAGGGACAGUCCGAUGCCGAUGUUAAUAUCUGGUAUCCAGAGGGUAAGAUGGAGGAGUUUGAGCUGACGAAUAGCAUGUUGCACCAUGAUGUUGAUUAUACGCCUUUUGAGGGGAGGAGGCUGAGGCAGUGGCCCAGGUGGACGAUCUUGAGGGGAAAGGUGGUUUGGGAUAGGGAUAAUGGGGGGUUGUUGGGCCAGAAGGGGUAUGGGAGGUUCACGAAGAGGGAUGCGAGCAGUCUUGCCAAACCUACAAAGGAGGGCGAGUGGGUGUUGCCGCUGUAG